ACUCACCUACACCAUCACAUGAGUCUCUGAAGAGUGCCAAAUCAAUUCCUCAACCAAACAACUUGAGCAGUGAAGGACAGACAUCUCUAGAAAGGUCUGGUAUAAUCAAACAGUUUAGGUUAGUAAACCUAAAAAAUCAGAUUCCAAACAAUGUGUAGAGUAUAAACUCUGUUUGCAACACAAUACAAUACAUUUAAGUAUUGUACAAUACAUUCAAUACAUUUACAAUACUAAACAAAAAUAAAUAUCUGAAUAUUUACUGAAUAUUUAAUAUUUAUGAUUAGGGUUGGGCCGAUAGACGAUGACAUCGUCCAUCGCCGAUGGCUGACAGCCAUCACGAUGUUGGGCCAGCAUCGGGAUUCCCCUGCAUGACGCAAUUUUCGUCAUCAGGAGGGUCCGCGGUCGUCCGCACAUCCCGUCCGCGUACGCGUACAGCACAUUCCCAAGACAAAUGUUGACAGCCGAUUCCACAGUAUGACAUUCUGCGCAUGUGUCGAGUCACAUUGAGUAUGAUUUGGAAGCUGCGCGACGCGUGUGUGCGCGAGACGGAUGUAGAAAGCGAACGCAAACAGUGAAUCGUAGUAAUGCGCUCACGUUGUGUGUGUGUAAACUUGUCAAUGACGACCUGAACUGUGCAUGUCCGCAAUGGCAGCGGGAAACAUCAGUGCCACGUGACCCGCGCAGUUGACUUAUCACACACACAGCCUACACCGGUGGGCUCACGAUCUACUCGUCUUUCCACAUGAAAUAACAACCGGAAGAAAUUCCAAAUUUGCAGGUCGUACAUGUGCGAGUACUUGUGAAAAAAUAUCAUGCUGUCUUGAAAAUUGGUCACAAAAUGUGUUUUGGUCGCUGUCUGGAGCACUGAUAUAAUUGUUUUUAAUGUUUUGGCAGAUGGCCAUCUUGCAAACUGAUAUACCCCAACCCCCGUGUCACCCCGCCCCCGAUGUCAUAGUCCAUCGCGAUGUUUCACUGUAGGCAUCGUCCGAUGCCAAUUUGGUAGACAUCGCCCAACCCUAUUUAUGAUCAUCUACAGCAUACUUAGCUGUUGACUUUCCUAUUUUAUGAAUAUAAUACUUAUAAAUAUAAUACUGGCAAGCUGGAAGUUAUAUUCUUUACAUUCCGCCCACAAGCGCACCUUCAACCUUCAAAGAGAACAUCCAGCCGAAAAACAGAAGUUUUGCACUUAAAGCGUAAAACAAUAGCUGGUUUGUCCAGGUUAUGCUCAGUUUCCGCUUUUAGAAAUCAUGUGAAUUGGACUUCAUGCAGUGCAUGAUCGGCACAUGACAUCAACGUAUCAUAAAAGCAUGUUGAAUGAUACAAUUUCAGCCGAAGUAGUUAUUGUAGCGUGUAGAGCACUCUGUUGUAACCUAGGCCUAAAGGUGUCUACUGUACAUGUCUACAUACUUAAUGGGUUGUAUUUUUUUUCUUCACAUCACGUUGCCCCGCUCGCAUCCAGUGUAGAGACAGUGUUCAUGCCAUCCAUGAACAUGAGUUGUGAGUCUCCUUCACAUCGUCAUCAAGAUAUGCCUUGGCAUGUUUUGCAAACUCUAGCGGCGAUCCAUACUGUGUCUUUAACAGAUGUGGAUGCUAAUGUAGUUAUAGACCACUUCACAAGAUGUAAACACUGGUCCAGCGGCACUUCUGGUUGGGUUUUUUCUUUUCUACAUAAUAUCUUACAUAUAACUAAAUCUUAAAGAUAUUUGUUUAACAUUUUGAUCCAUUUGUUAAUGUUUUGUGGGUUGACUGUAUUCUGUUCAAAUAUUUGUGUCUGAAGUAUCGGAUGUCAGUUCAGCUGACCUGUGCGCACAACCGAUUGACAUUAUCUAAAAAACAAUAGGUCAGCCUCCACAGAUUAAAAUAAGUGUUACAUGUUGUUUUUAGUAGUAUUUUUACAAGUAGUAAAAAUAUUAAAUGUUUUUCUAAGGAUUUCCUUCAGUUAUAGAAGACAGUUAUUACCUAUUAGGGUGCUGUAUACAAGUCUCUUUAAAUCAGUCUUUUUAAUUCUUGACUCUUUCUUGUCUGUUAAUUUUCUUGAUAUCUCUUUCAGAAUAUCUUCUUUUAUGAAUAUAUUAACAAAAGUUUCUUGAAAAACAACCUUUUGAAUAAGAAGCUGUUUACAUAUACUGUACAUUAAUCUUGUGCUCCAUUAUUUUAAACUGAUUUAUCUCUCAGUUAGGGCUUAACUUUAAACUUGCUACUGAGGAGGUUUAAAUAAUAAUAAAUACAUAUCUAUAAUAAAAUGUACAGGAAAAUGAUCAGAAACAGACACAUAAGCCUCAUGUCAAGCUUCAUAGAUGCAUUUAUUGUAAAUAAAAAUGUAAAUAAAUAACCUCGCACCUCCGCACAUGGUGGCCUUAUAAACUGUCUUGUCGGCUGUGAACUUCAAGUUCAAAAAGCCUUGCUUUGUUAUCCAAUACAUACAAGGACAAAGUCUGAUUAAACGGGCAAAAGAUUAAUAUCCUGAGAAGAAGAAAGUUGUUUUACUGGCACUGGUGACCAGUGGGGCCGGUAAUCUAUUCUGUGCGCAUGUCUAAAGACUGGAAUACACUACAGGACUUUUGCCCAGAUUCUCAGUCUGGACUUGUUGCAGAAAGUGUGCGCUAUAGUCUGCAGGUUUUAUCGCGUAGUGUGUGAUGCCCUGUUUUUCUCUGCAAACUUUCAAAAAGUCUGCAAGUGUGUGAUGUCUAGUUUUAAAAAAAAAUCUGUUCAGAUUUUAAAAGUCAUGUAGUUUAUUCCAGCCUUAAAUUGUAGUCUGGUCCGUUCUAUGAGAAUCACGAACAGGGGGAUCUCUGCCGCUGCGACUGAGGAGGACUCCCGGAAAAGCGAUCACGUUUCUGACGGCAGAGGUCCGCCUGAUCAACGAUCUAUCCAGUGAGAGGUUUUCGGAAUUUCCGCAGGUGAGUUGUCUGAACGAAUAACAUGGAAGCAGGCAGAAUCCAGACCUACUCCAGGAGUUUGUCAGCAGCACCACAGAACUUUGGAAGUGUUCUGUAGGACUGAUAAAAUUGACAUUUGUAGCAUCUGUGCAGGACAAGAGCACCAUGGCCACAGCAAGCUCUACAGUGCAGUAUCUUAUGUAUCAGACAGUCAGUAUUUACUCCAUCGUGUUCUGGGCAACAUGCAGACACAGGACUUCAAAACCUUUAAAAGAGACCUAAGUGAGCAAUACCCAGGAUGCUUAGGGAGUCAUCCAGAGGAGCUAAACGCGUCUGGUGUUGCUGAGAAAAUAGUGGAGAGCUUUGGAGGAGAGGGAGCAUGGAGGAUCACAUUUCACUUUCUGGAAAAUGCUAAUCCUCUUCAAAAGAUCACUGAAGCCAAUAAAGUAAACCUGAAGCACAAAUGUCAGCAGAUAAAUGAAGGAAAUUCAUCUCAUGCUAAACAAAGUUUGUUGAAUGAGAUCUACACAGAUCUUUACAUUACAGAGGGCAGAAGUGGGGAAAUAAAUACUGAGCAUGAGGUGAUAAGAAAUGAGGUGAUUUCACAAAGCAGAACCACUCCAGAAACUCCACAGGCAUGUAAUGACAUCUUCAAGACACUGCCGGGACAAAGAAAACAAGUCAGAACAGUUUUAAUGAUGGGAAUAGUUGGAAUUGGAAAGAAUGUUACAGUGAAAAAGUUCAUGUUAGACUGGGCGGAUGGAAAAGCAAACCAAGAUAUCGAAAUCGUCAUUCAUCUACCAUUUCAAGACCUCAACCGGAGAAAGGGCAACUGUAGUCUCCAACAACUCAUUCAUCAAUAUGCUCCUGAGCUGAAAGAAGCAAAUCUUUUUAAACUAAAGGUGCUCUUUAUUCUUGAUGGAUUAGACGUCUGUCAGUAUCCGCUUGAUUUCCAUAACAAUGAUCACUGCUCUGAUAUAAAUGAGCAAACAUCUGUUGAUGUGCUGCUUACAAACCUGAUCAGGGGGAAUCUGCUUCCUUCUGCUCUUCUCUGGAUAACCACAAGACCAUCAUCAGCCAAUCGGAUUCCUCCUGAGUGUGUCCAUCGAGUUACAGAGAUUCGUGGGUUCAAUGACCAUCAGAAAGAAGAAUAUUUCAGAAAGAAAAUCAAAGACCAGAAACAGGCGAGUGAAAUCAUCACUCACAUCAAAUCAUGUCGAAGUCUUUACAUCAUGUGCCACAUGCCGAUAUUCUGCUGGAUUUCAGCCACUGUGCUCGAAAACAUGUUGAGUAAUGGAAACUCUGAUAAAAAACCCAAAACUCUGACGGAGAUGUUCACUCACUUCCUUCUCAUUCAGAUCAGUCUCAAGCAUAAGAAGUUCAAUGGAACCAACACAGAAAACCCAAAGAAACUCUCUGAAUCAGACACAACAUUGAUUCUGAAACUGGGAGAACUGGCUUUCCAACAGCUGCAGAAGGAGAGUAGUACAUUCAUUGAAGAUGACCUGAAAAACUGUGGCAUUGAUGUCAGUAAAGUUUCACAGUACUCAAUGUGCACAGAGAUUUUCAGAGAGGAGUUGGGCUUGUAUAGAGAAAAGAUCUACAGCUUUGUGCAUCUGAUCCUUCAGGAAUAUCUUGCAGCACUUUAUGCUCACUUUGCAUGUGUUAAUGAUGGUAAAAAUAUACUUGUCCAAAACAGACCCAAGUCAAGUCUUUCAGCUGUACACCAGAGUGCAGUAAACACAGCUUUAAAAAGAGAAAAUGGACACCUUGAUCUCUUCUUGCGCUUCUUUAUGGGUCUUUCAGUUGAACCCAACCACACUCUCCUGCAAGCUUUCAGGAAAGGUGGUUUAUCUGAAUCCUGCGCAAAUAAAAACAUGAUAGACUAUUUACAAGAGAAGAUCAAACAGGAAGCAGCACCAGAGAGAAUCAUCAAUAUAUUUCAUUGUUUAAAUGAACUAAAUGACAACUCUCUGGUUAAAACAGUUCAGUCUGCAAUGAAAUCAGGAACACUCUUAGGGAGUGAGCUGGACUCAGAGCAGUGGUCCGCACUGGCUUAUGUCUUACUCACAUCUGGAGAGGAGUUAGAGGAGUUUGACAUGAAGAAGUUCCACACAUCAACAGCAAACCAGCUCAGACUGCUGCCAGUACUCAAGAUCUGCAAAAUAGCCAGGUUGGAUUGCUGUAAUCUCUCUUUUGAGUCCUGUAAGAGAGUGGCCUUAGCUUUCCAGAUAGAGAACUCACAUCUGAGAGAGCUGAUUCUAACCAACAAUAAACUCAACAAGUCUGGAGUUAACUUUAUCAUUUCUGGACUAUGCAGUCCACACUGUCGGCUACAGAAGUUGAGCCUUGCUGGCUGUAGUUUUCCUUCAGAGUCCUGCAAAAAUCUUGCCACAGUUCUCAUAUCAACAAACUCAUCUCUGAGAGAACUGAAUCUAAGCUACAACAGAAUAAGUGAUGAUGGAGUGAAUGAUCUUUGUACUGGAUUGAUGAGUCCAAAUUGCAGACUAAAGAUACUAAAAUUAAAGUGCUGUGAUCUCACAGAGUCUUGCUGUGAGAAGCUGGCAUCAGUUCUGACACUCUCACACCUGAUUGAUUUACAACUGAAAUGCAAUGACCUGCAGGAUUCUGGUGUGGAAAAGCUCUCAGUUGGACUGGCGGCUCCACAAUGUAAAAUCGAGAGACUGGGAUUGUCAGGUUGUAUGAUCACAGAAAAGGGCUGCAGUUCUCUGGCUUUGGCUCUGAACUCAAACCCUGAUCAUCUGAGAGACCUUGAUCUGAGCUACAACCACCCUGGAGAUUCAGAGAUAAAACUGUGCACCGCUAAACAACAUGAUCCAGACUUUGAACUGGAUCUUAGAAAUGGAGGAGAGUGCCGGAUGAAACCAGGCCUGAAAAAAUAUGCCUGUCAGUUUACAGUGGAUCCAAGACUAAUACACAGACGCCUCUUACUGUCUGAAGAUAACCUAAGUGUGUCAGAAAGUAGAACAGAACAACCAUAUCCUGACAAUCCUAACAGAUACCGACUCUAUCCUCAGGCUUUGUGCAAAGAGCCUAUAAGAGAACGCUGUUACUUUGAGUUGGAGUGUAAGGGUGGAGUUGCUAUGGGUGUGGCCUAUAAGAGCCCAGAUCGAACACAGACAAUAAUGGGUGUUAAUAACAAGUUCCCCAGUCUUCACUGUCUGAAUGAUAAACUUACACUAUGGCAAAAUAAUGAGAGUACAUGCGAGUUCCCAGUAUCUGCCAGGUCCACCAGAAUAGCAGUUUAUGUAGACUGGGCAGCCGGCAGUUUGACAUAUUACAGCAUUCAUAAUGACACACUCAUUCACCUGCACACACACCACACCACAUUCACAGAUGAAUUAUAUGCAGGGUUCUUUCUUAUGCCUGAUUCCUCUGUCACUCUGUGGAAGGGACCACUCUCUGAGUGAGCUGUGUUCCAAAGAGGUGUUUUAUAUAAAUGCUGAUCUUUGGUUGAUUGUUCACGUAUGGAGCAAGAUGUUUUGUUUGUGGGAAGUUUCCUACAAAUAUCCAAAAUUGUACUUUUAGAAGUUGAAAUAGAUGUAUUGAUCUGUUAUAAAUGUAUUAGUCAUUAUAUUUCUUAGAAUUGCUUUGACUGUUGAUAGACAUAAUGAGCAUUUCUAAAAAUUGAAUUUUCACAGUUGUGUGCAUAUAUCUACAACUUCAAACUGAUAAAUUAAUUAACUGCAGAUCAUUAACAGAGCCUGUAAAUGAAAGCUAAAGUGUAUAAUGACAAAAUGAGCACUUGAAGGACCUUGGGAUCGCAACCUGUGUGGGUGUAUUAUCUGAGAGAUUAUAAAAAUUUGGAAAGGAAAAUAUAGACAUACUGUAGGCCUACAGCCCUACAUCUACGUAUGUUGUAUUUCACUUGUUUUCUUUUUUUAUGUUCUUAAAUAACUGUUUAUCACAUAUUAAUUUUACUAAUAAGUACAACAUUUUAACAUUUAUUUAUUCAUACUGUUUAGUCCUAUGUUGGGUUUGUAUUGUCUUCACAGAUAAAGAUUAAGGAAUGUACACUGCAAAAAAUGAUUCUUAAGGGUUAGUAAAUAUUACCCAUGCAAAUCAGUUAAAUUUUACUUACAUAUAUUAGGUAGCAAAGUAAACUAUAUGCAAACUUACUGAAUCUACUCAAUAAAAUUGAGGCAACAAUUACCACUCAAUUAGAUUGAGUAGAUUUUAUUCUAUGUUUUUAGGUAAAGAAUACCUAAAUUUAUCAGAUAUGAGUCAUGACACACUGAAAGAAAUUAGAUAAAGUCUACCUAAUAUUUCUCAAUAUUAAUUACUUAUAUAAAUUGAGUAAUAUUAGUUUAUAUAACCGACAACAGUUCAUCUACUUAUUAUGAAUGAUAAAUAUUGAAUGAUUAAACACUAAAUAUGACUUAUUCAGAGAAGCUUGAAUUACUUAAAAAUGGUCAGAAACAGGAGAUACUCAAUUUAUAUAAGUAAUUAAUAUUGAGAAAUAUUAGGUAGACUUUAUCUAAUUUCUUUCAGUGUGUCAUGACUCAUAUCUGAUAAAUUUUACUUGCAGUUUACUUUGCUACCUAAUAUAUGUAAGUAAAAUUUAACUGAUUUGCAUGGGUAAUAUUUACUAACCCUCAAGAAUCAUUUUUUGCAGUGUACCAAUCUCAAGGUUUUAGACAAUUCUAUGAAUCAGUAAUUUUUCUGCCUUUGUAUACUGUUACAAUACGCUUUGUUUAAUAAAAUGUAUAAAAAACUAA